AUGUGCCGACCUUGGUUGCUUCGAGAUCGGGAGGAUCUUUGGGCUUGUGUUGAAGUAUGCACGCCGAUGUGCUGGAGGGAGAAGCGGCCGCGGCGCUUGCUUGGCUGCGGUCUCCUGACAGCUUUGCUCGUGCCUUGGCCCCAGCUGCGCGAAAGGCUGGAUCGUCAGACUUGCGCACACACACACACACACACUAGAGUGCGGAGCGAUUAUUGGAGGUCGUGGUCGUGUGUCAGUGCCGAGUGCUCAGACCUCGUUCAGCACAGGCCGCUAGCCGCAAGUUCAAAGCAAUGGGAGGGGUUCUGCAAAGAUGCCAAGGUCAGACAUCUCUCCGCUCACAACUCUGCGCGGCAGACGACGUUCUCUCUGUGGAAGGUGACACCGAAGAAACCAGCGGCAGCGGACGAUGGCGAGGGGGAGGAGGAGGACGACGUGCCCAACAAGAAGGGGCCGGGGUCUCUUGCGGCUGAUGUAAUACUGGCGUCACGGACGUCAUAUCCAGUUGCGCUGAUGGACCGCAACCUAAUCGGCUUCACAUGCUACGGCAAUGUGGUUUUGCGCAAAGAAAGCGCCGACAAGCCCUACCCAUCCUGGCUGUUUGGCUGGUUGCUUGGGAUGGUUUGCUAUACCUAUCCCGGUGCAGUUUUCUCAGACCUCUUGUUUGUUCCAAACGCUCCAUUGCGAGCGCUUACCAACAACAAUAUUCUGCUUUGGUUCAGCAUCUGGUACCUGCUUAUUCAAAACUCAAUGUGGGUGUAUAAGGCCCUUCAGCAGAAGCAUGUCUUCAUUUGGCUUACGACCUGGUGGCUUGCAGAUGCAACUCGAGCUUCCUUACUCUUUCUGGAACGAGCCGUUGCCCAUCAGCCUGUGUUUGCGCGAGGCGUUUGGCAGGCCUUCGUGUGGUGUGGUGCGGGACCCGUUGCUCGCCUAGUCGAAAAAUCGAUCAGGGGAGAACCCGUACCUGCCUUGGACAAGGUGCAACCCAACAGCUUGAACGUCUUCAAGUUUCCGCUCAUUGCGAUGUUCUGGAACAUGAUUUUCUACAUGGUGUGCUUGGCCUACUUCACUGACUGCAAGUUCUUCGAUGCAGAGCCAAAGUUGGACAUGGUCCAGUGUGCCGCCAAAUACGAGGAUUUCUACGGCUUCUGCACCUACAUGCCCUGCUUCUUGCAUCUCUGCCGCGCAUACUAUGCCUCCUGUCUUGAACCAACGAGUGUCAUUUUCGGCGAUGGUUUCUGCAUGGGCAGCAGUAGCUUGAUCCAGAAGAUGUCGAGCAGACAGAAUGGCCUUCUGCUGAGCUGCGGAAAGCGUGCCCUUCUGCGUACUGCCCUGGCUAAUGACCUUGCUCACAAGCAGGAGCACUUGCUCGGCUGGCAGUGGCGAAGCGCCAGAGCUGGCAAUCUAUUGAAUGCCUUGCUGUCGCACAAAUGGGACGGGCUGUUGGCCCACGUGCUAGCUGAGGAGGAUGGCUCCUGCUUGCUGCAGGCCCAGCACGAGGCACACGGAAUGGACAGGCGCGCGAUGGCCGAGGCGAAGCAAAUGAAGGCCCAGCUGAGGCAUGCCUUGCAUGACAAGAGUUGGAACAAGGGCUUCUGCAAAGGCGAGCCCAUCACGGAGUACAACUUCAACGGCUUCAAGCACGGUGACGAGAUAAAGCCGAAUGCCAUCAAGGGCAUGACGAUCACGGCCACUCGCCGUGCCACAGAGCCGGAACCGGGUUUUGGCAAGCCUUGCCCGGGGCCCCUCCUGGUUUUAGACACCCGGGAGGAUUUCCGCAGUGUGGACAAGGACUUGCAGAGAUGCAAAGAUUGCCGAAUCGUCGUUUGGUCCAAGGACGGCAACCGGCGUAAGGUCAAUGACUGCGGGGAGCAUCCGGGCGUGCUGGUCACGAUCACCUUCAAGAAACUCCAAAGUUUGCAAGAGCUCGAGCUUUGGGACCUGGAGGAACCGACCUUCGUGGAGCUCUACGGCACCAAGAACCGUUUGCUGAAGAACAUCUCCGCCCCCGACGGUCCGGGCCAGGACGGCAACCCGGCGAUUUUGCAGCUCUUGACUACGCACGUGCGCACGAUGAAGAUCUACUUGGGAGGCUCUGGGGGAAUCCGGCGUUUUACUGCAUGCAAGGGCGGCAGCGUCUGGGGUGAUCCCCACAUCUACACCCUCGAUGGCGACAAGUUCGACCUCUAUGAGAACGGCACCUACACCAUAUUCCAGUACUCCGGCCAGAAGCUUGCGCAGCCUAAGCACAAGGGACGUGCAGAGGUGGACUGGAAGCUCUACUCCCACUACGGCGGCCCACUAUGGACGGUGCAGGGCUUGCUGCUGGAGGAUCGUUCCAUGGGACGCUUCCGCCAGGCACUGGAGUUAAGCAGCACGGACUGCGAGUGGCGCAGCAAGACGGGGGACCGUGGCCAUUGGCAGGUGCUGAGCGAGAGCGGCCACUCUGUGUCGUUGCUGGAGGACGAGGACUACGUCACAAGCUUCGAGUACGUCAACGAGAAGAAGAUCACGCUGCGCAUGAACGGGGAGCACGGCAGGAAGGACACGAUCGUGAUGAACACCGUUUGCAAGCCAAGCGGCAUCAAUCUGCGAGUGAGCAUGCCCAACAUGGCCGACAGCCAGUUCUUGGAGGGCCAAAUCAAUCCCGCCGGUGGUCAGCACAUGAAGUUCCAGACGAAUCAGGGCUGGGCAAAGUUGGGUGGCAGUGCCGAGGUUGCGGAGUUCCUCGAGGGCCUCGAGAGCAAGCAUGCCUUCAUCGCUGCAUCCUGCGAAGAUGCCGAGCGUGCCACGGCGGAGAAGCUGUGCAGCAAGCACUUGGGAGGGGAGAUGCGUGCGGCCGAAGGCAUCAAUGCACAGAUCUUCGAAGACUGCAUCUCCGACGUGUGUCGAGGUGGCGAGGAGUUUGCGGAAUCGGCAGCCGAGCAGCGCUACGGCUUCAAGUCCUUCUUGCAGGAGCUUCGAAGUGCCUCGGUUCGCAACACCAAGCCCCUCCUCAGCGCGGCGACGGCGCUCCAUCGAAGUUUCUCUGCAGGUCCGGCUGCAGAUGUGGGGGAUGAACGCUGGGAGUGCGGUGACCCAGGCAAGGGGGGCAAAGGGUUUCGGCCUCCUUUGGCCCUGGCGGUCAUUGCAGCCGCCGCGAAGCUGGUCAUGGACGAGCCUCUCUUGAAGAGCAGCGCAGCUCUGAACCAGGUGCUCAGGCUGCUGCUGCGGCUUCUGUUCUUGGCUAUGGCCUUGAGCCAGCUGCUGGAGGACUUCUUCUCGGCCAUAGGCUAUCUGGGUCACUUCCAGGGCUUUCAGUCCCGCGGCAGCUGGAAGAUGCAUGCCUUGGCAUUGAUGCUGGCCUUCAGUUCUGGCACUCAGCUGAUCUUGUCUCUCGCCGACAGGGUGUACUGGGGUGUGCUUGGCUUCGUCUAUGUCUUCCCGCUCUUCCUCUUUGGAACGACUGACGGGGUGAUGUGCUAUGCCUUCAUGUACGACCUCAUCACAUUUCCGUGGAGGCUGGUGACCGGACACAUGGCCGAGAUUUGGGUGGCAGUGCCUGUGAUCAUUGCCGGGGCUCUGCUGGCAAUGCUGCCGCUUGCCUGGGUACGUGCUGGUGAUGAUGGGCGCCGGGCUUUUUACUCCCGUGCAAGAGUGAGCGUUUCAUGCUCUGACCUUAUUUCUUACUUAGGCUACUACUCCUUGGUGAAGUUCCGAUACCCGGACAUCGCUCAGAGUGCUCCUGAGGGAGGUGGCAAGGAGAAGAUUUUCAAGGCUUUCAAGGCCAGCAAGCUGGUUUUGUGGGACGAGGUGCACCCGUGCGGAGACUCGAGUGCCGUGUCGGCGCAGCUCACCAGUGGUGUGACUAAAAUCGUCUCCGGUCUCUAUGCUUUCGCAGUUAUGAAGGUUGAUGGAAGCGCUUUUUCGUGGGGCCAUGGAUCCUUUGGUGGGAAUUAUGGAUCUGCCUCAAGCCAGCUGACCUCCGACGUUGUCGACAUCUUCUCCUCAGGGCACGCAUUCGCAGCCUUGAAAUCUGAUGGAAAACUAGUCACUUGGGGAGCAGGCAAUCAAGGCGGCUCGCUGACAGUUCCAGCGGAUGUGACAUCGCAAGCAAGCUCUGGGGUCGCGACUGUGGGCUCGAACAGCCACGUGUUUGCUGCAAUCAAGACUGAUGGCAGUGCCUUCACAUGGGGUGAGGCACCUUACGGUGGUUCACAUUCCGAGCCAGUGACCUCGGAGUUGACAAGCGGCGUCGUAUCAAUCAUUAGCGGCCAUGUUCGAGACGGGCGAGUGUUGGCCGCCAUGAAGUCGGAUGGAAAAGCUUUGGUGUGGGGCGGUCAAACAGGCUCGCACGUCUUCAGCGGCGUGAAGGCAGUAACCGUCUCAACGCAUGCGGCUGCAAUCUUGUUUGCCGAUGGUGCGGCGGAGGCGGUCGGCUCCUCCAGCCAUGGGGGAGACGAGAGCUCUGUUUCCUCCCAACUCACCAAUAUCGGUGCCAUCUACAGCACUGGUUAUGCAUUCGCCGCUGUGAAGUGUGACAUUGUCGCUGGCGGCGAAGGGGGCGAUUCCUCCGCAGUUUCGUCGCACUUGACUGCCAAUGUGGACCGAGUUAUCGGUGGGCCUCAGAAAGAGUGUCGUCAUAUGGCCGCGAUCAAGUCUGAUGGCACUGGCCUCGUGUGGGGUAGCUCCGAGUCGGGAGUGUACUCCAACGUCAAAGACAUUGUGCCCAACGGCAGGGCCACAGGCAUUCUCUUCAACGACGGCACCGUGCAAGUGAUGGGCGAUUCCACGCACGGAGGAGAUACAGGUGUCGCUGCAGGUCUCUCAAAUGUGGAGAAGCUCUACAGAAGCGGUUUGCUGGGCUUCGCAGCUGUCUAUGCCGAUGGAAGCGCUACGACCUGGGGUGAAUAUGCGGACAGCAACGGCGUCGACUUGUCAUGCUGCAUCAAAGACAUCCGCUCAGCCUGGAAUACUGCAACGGCUCUGAAGGAAGAUGGCAGCGUUGUCAGCUGGCAGAGAGGAAGGUGGGGUACUGAUCCGACCGACAAGUUCACGCAGAUCUUCGACGGCUCGGUGCACAGGUGGGACGGGUCUGCUUUCGCAGGGAUCACCGAUGGCGGCAAGGUGGUCACCUGGGGUGUCUUCUCUAAUCACCAGCCUGCUGACCUGCAGUGGUUUUCCACUACGACGAGUUCCACGACUACUGCUACAAGGACUCGCACCCGUAUGGAGGCGGUGCCCCAGAUUGUGGCGAACGGCGGCGGCUUUGCAGCGCUGACGGCUUUCGGCAGUGUCACGGCGUGGGGCAGCGACACGACUGGCGUGGAAGCAAGCUUGACGUCAGAAGUCUACCACAUAGCAGCUACCAAGUCGGCUUUCGCAGCUCUGAAGAAUGAUGGCUCGGUGGUGACUUGGCCGACCUCGGACACCUACGGUGGCGACUCCAGCUCCGUGGCUUCACAGCUGCAAAGUGGCGUCAUCAAGCUCGUGGGCGGCCUCUAUGCUUUCGGUGUGCUCAAGGAUGACGGCAGUGCUUUGUCCUGGGGCGAUUCCCGCUGGGGAGGUGCAAUGACGACGGGUGCCAGCAACGAAGUUUCAGUGGCAAGCGAGGUGUCCAGCGACGUGGUCGACAUUUUUGCGAUUGCCCACGGCAUCCAGGCGUUGAAGGCCGAUGGCAGCCUCGUCGUCUGGGGAUCCUACACCCAGGGUGGCUCUCUCCUCCAGCCAAGCGAUGUAUCCGCAUCGUUGGCCUCCGGAGUGGUGAAUGUGGGGGGCAACAGCCACGCCGUGGCGGCGCUGAAAGACGAUGGAAGCAUCGUCACUUUCGGGAACUCCGGGAAGGGCGGCGCUGUGCCAAGCGGAGCGGCGCCCUACUUGACGAGCGGUGUUCUUUCCAUCGUCAACGGCCAUCCGCGAGACGGCGACCACAUCGCUGUCAUGAAGUCGGAUGGCAGCGCCGUUGUUUGGGAUGACUCCUCCUACGGUGUCUACAUGAACGUGAAGAGUGUGACGGUGAACAUGAGAGCGGCUGCCAUUUUGAAGAACGACGGCACGGUUGAGGUCCUAGGCACAGUCUACAAGAGCGGCUGGGCCUUCGCCGCGGUCAAAUCCGAUGGAAGCGUCUUUGCAUGGGGCGACUCCACCCGGGGCGGAGAUCUCGGCUCUGCUGCAUCCUCGCUGACCAAUGGCGUUCAGCUCGACUACUUCAACGGGCACGACUUCCACGUCGUCAACCCAGACUCGGACAACUUCUACAUCUUCGACAGCCACGACGACAAACACGCCGGAGAUGGCACCGUUGCCACCACUGGUCAGUACUAUUUCAGCCAGAGUGAUCUGGAAGCCGGUCUGGGCUGUUGCGUGACGAAGGUGGCUGGAAGCGACUGGGCCUUUGCCGCUCUGAAGGCGGACGGGAGUGUGUACUCUUGGGGUUAUUCGCUAGAAAGCGACACCUCCUCAGUGGACCUCUCCGCCAACAUCGUGGAUGUUGUGUCCAACAGUGCUGGCUUUGCUGCUGUCAAGAACGAUGGCACCAUCUUGACAUGGGGCAGAGCCGGUGCCCAUGAACCCGGAGCUGUUGAUUUGUCGAACGUCUCGGUGAUCGUGGGCGGAGAGUGGGCAUUUGCCGCACUGAAAGCAGACGGCUCCGUUGUAACUUGGGGCAACGGUGCCGGCGGUGAUUCAAGUUCCGUUGCCUCCGAACUUGCUUCGGGCGUUUUGUCCAUUGAAGCUCCGAAGCCCGACGGCUUCCAUCGGGGCUUCGUUGCUUGGAAAGCCGGUGGCACGGCCGUGAUUUGGGGCCACAACACGGACGGAACCCACAUAGCCUUGCCUUCCCAAGUAAUUUCAGAUGUGAAGAAAGUGGAGAUGGCAGGGUUGGCCGUCGGGGUCUUGAAGAAUGAUGGGACCGUGAUCACCGCCGGCCGGGCAGAUGAUGCCAGGAGCUUCGCUGAUUCUAGCAGUGUUGCGGCACAACUCACGAACGUCGUUGACCUCGUCUGCCCAGCCUACGCAUGCGCUGCGCUCAGGGUCGACGGCACCGUGGUGACCUGGGGCUAUGCAGACUGGUUUGGAUCGAGCAGAAGACUUUCAGGCUCCAGUGGGCUCACGAACAUCCAGAAGAUCUAUGGCUCGUUCUACUCGUUCGCCGGACUGAAGACGGACGGGAGUGUGGUUACCUGGGGUUGGAGUGGUUCCCAGUACGGCACAGAUUUUUCAAGUCCCCGAAGCAGCACGAGCAGCGAGGUCCAGUCGGAUGUCGUGGAGAUCUACUCGAACCCAACGGCCACUGAGGGAGGUGGAGCUUUCGUUGCCCUAAAGCAAGACGGCGGCAUCGUCGCCUGGGGCAACUCACAAACUGCGAGCAUCCCAUACAACAGGCUCACAACCCAGCAGCACCAGCACUUCCACCUCGAGCACAUCCUCCACCAGCACCAGUACCACAUCGACAUCGUCUACGUCAACAUCCUCUUCAAGCACAUCCUCAACAUCCACAUCGAGUUCGACUACAUCCGGCAGCAGCACCAGCACUUCCACCACGAGCACAUCCUCCACCAGCACCAGUACCACUCUUCUAGCACAUCCUAA